ACACUUAAGAAGUAAAAGAGAUAUGGUUUUGAUGAGGCUAACCCUGUGUUCGAUUAUUCUUCUGAAUCUGUUUUCUGAGGAAGUUGCUUAGUGACGCGUGACUCGCCCCCUUUUCCUGGGACAGUACGAUUUGGACCUCUGUGGUGGAAAAAGUAGACCGAGCAAGGAUUCCAAGUCAGAACCCAAGAUGGCUACGCCCAUUGUGACAUACCACGUAGAACCUGCGCAUGAUGGCCUCUGCUGAUCCCCAGCCGCGGUUCGGUCAGUCUGUUAAAGGUUUACUGUCAGACAAAGUGGGCUCAUGUAGCGGCGAUGUGAUGGCCCUGACCCGCCAGGUGCUCAAAGGCUCGCGCAGUCAGGAGCUCCUGGGACAGGCAGCACGUAAUAUGGUAAUUCAGGAGGAUGCUAUCCUGCACUCUGAAGAUAGCCUAAGAAAAAUGUCCAUCAUCACCACACAUCUGCAAUACCAGCAAGAGGCAAUCCAGAAAAAUGUGGAGCACUCCAAAAAUCUGCAGGACCAACUGCGGCACCUGUUAAAGUGAGUCCCAACACUAAGAAUCAAAGAAGCUCAUCAAAAGUUGGACUUAAAGGACGCUGUUCUCAAAGAACUUUAUAUUGAUGAUGUGGUUAUACAUUUUGUUAAGGUUGUUUGGAACUGGCUAGUCUUCAGUUUCAAUUAACUGAUAAAAUAAAGUAAUCGAAGCAGUAUAGUUAAUGAAGACCAGAAGAACAGUGUUAUCUGCAGCCUGAAGGCCUGGCAGCUGCCUGACCUCCAGCGUGUCCCUGAGGUCCCUGUGCUGUGAGCCAUCACUGCACGUGCUUUACGUGACUGCUCUGAGCACGAUGGAGGCUUUGAGAAAUUCCACCCUCAGACUCUCAUCAACUCAUUGUCCUUGAGUCAAAAUAAUGUUCUUAUGAAAUCACUGUGUCUUAUCACAAAGUCAAGGUCUCAGGAUCCUAUCCAGGGACAGACUGCUGCCUGCCUCUGUCUGAUAUACAUUCAAACUGUACACAGAUCAAAUUCAUUUUUAUGUCAAAAUGUUUUCUUUUUUAUUUGACUUGUACUGUACUGUUGCACUAUGGCAAUAGGCACAUGAGCUGAGACAGUACAAAUAGAAAGGCACACUUAAAAAAUUCAAGAAGACAAUGAUA